UGUAUUAAGCGGCCAAUCAAGGUAGCGUCACAGUCUGGUUGCUCAUGACAGGUUGACAUUAGAACAACAAGAUUUUGACGAUUAGCAUUUAUCGAUUAACAUUAGCUAUUUGACAUUGACGGAAUCGGUUACCUAGCCACUGCCUUCUCCGCAUGUAACAAUACGACUGUUUAAUACAUACUCCUCGUCAAUUAUUUCUCGAAACAUAUUUAUUAGCCUUUGAUCUGUUAUCCGUAAGCUAUACUCUGUGUACAUAUGAAUUAAAAUACUGCAAGUAACUUAAGACAGAGCCCUUUGCAAUAUUUUGCGUGACCGAUAAAACCAUAACCCGCCAUCAGUAUUAGCCCGUAAUUGCAUUCAUGAAUACUUUUGACCGUUUAACUGAACUUGAUGCUUUUAAGCAUUUAGAAACAAAUUAUUGUUUGAUUUACUAGUACGUAAUAUAUUUUUCAAAAAAUAAAACAACAUUUCUAUACAAAUUUCCAAAAUGAAGGUCUGUAAAGCCAACGGAAGAUGUAGUCCCUGAAAUAGUUUCUGUUCCGUUUAGAAAACGUUUCAGCACUUUAUAAAAGUGUUAUCUAAUCCAGUCCAUAUCUAACCAUCCUUGGACCAAUAUCUCUUUUUUAUAGGAUAGAUAUCGAAAUAUGAUGUCAGACCAUUAUAGUUUUGCUCACUGGUUUUAAGUCGGACCAAUAUCAUGUCUAGGUCCGAUAUCGAUCAGGUAUCAAACCGUCUAUUCGUCACUGGGGAUACCCGUCUUUUACGCAGUUCACUGUUACUGACAAAAAACUCAUCAACGUUGAAAUCGGCAUGCCAAACAGGUUACAUUUAUAACAUUAUUUUAUUUAAGUUGCAUGUCUUACGACAUCUGGCCAAUACUUGACCUUUGUUGUUUUUGAUGUGUUUAACAUAUAUGAAUGGUUAGGUACUGACUGAGGGGAUUUUUAAUCAUGUCUUGCACACAUAACACUAUGCCUAAUCGUUAGGGAAAAAUGGUGUGGGUCAUAUUUUUAUAUCGGGCAGACAUAGCGCCUACCCGCCAAUAUUCCGACUGCUGUCAAUCAAUAUAGGCAUGCAAACUGAGUGACACAUCUAUGAAGUAGGCGCGAAGAAUAAUCAAUAGUAAAGUGUAACAAUACUAACAUGCUGUUCAAAGUGAACCUUUGAUUUAAAAGUAACGUGUAAUGUUCCUAGCGCCGUCAUUUCAUUACUGUAUCAAAAUUUUGAUGGAAUAUAUAUACAUUUGUAUGUAAGCGCUAACUGACGGAAAGAAUAAUUAAGAAAAACCAAAAGAAAACAUCUAUAAAAUUGAACAAAUAUUUCUCAUUCACAAUAUUUACAACUCACAACUUUCCCGUGUCUCGCUAUGCUAUGCUAAUAUAAUCGUAAAUGUAUUAGCCAGAAUCCAAAAUAGUCGUAAAUAUAUUAGCCAAUAAAUUUAUUUAUAUCUUCGGGGUUUGUCCGAUGACCUAGUUUUCGCGCAUUAAUAUAUUACCGCAGUCAGAACAAAAAACAACAGAAAUGUAUAUUAUACUGACUGAAAAAUACGUUAAAAUUGACGUUCGACAGCUGAAAAUACCGUCGUGGCAAAAUAAUUAUAUUUUGAUGGCUAAAUAAAUGUAUGGCACGGAACUAUUUGUUUGUACCUACGGCACUACUUUUGUUCGGUCUGCAGUAAGGAAAUUUCUACAUUGUUAACUUUGGAUCGAUUGUGAGACAAUCGAUCCAAAAAGUCCAUUCUGGGAGUUAUUUGACUGGCUGCCUUAAAGGAAAUUGCGUCUUAAAACAGGUUGUCGCAAAUGCAGAUGCAGCGGUGUAGUAUUUCUUUUUCAGCUAUUCUCAGUGACAACUUUUUUGUCAUCUUGGAUACAGUUCAGGGUGGUCUGUAUCAGAUUGAUCAAGAAACAAAGACACCGUACACUAUUGAAAUCGACGAUGCUAACGUACCAACGACGCUGACCUAUGACCCUGUGAGGAAAGAUGUUAUAUGGGUGGAUAUAGCUAAACACGCUGUAAAAAAGAAGAGACUCGGAUCAACAGAGGAAAUUGCCGUGCGGUCAGGUGUUGAUGAUACUAGCACGGUAACAGUUGAUGUAUCAACUGGUAACAUCUAUAUAUCGUCUGGAGGUGAAAUCAUAAUAGUCAGUCCUUCCCUUGAUGUGACGACUGUCGUUGAUUCAACAGACAUAAACGGUGACAUUGGAAAAAUUGCUUUAAUGCCGGAAUCUGGGUUAAUGUCAUGGUUUGAAAGCGGUGAUACUUCACGAAUUAUGAUCGGAAAUAUGGAUGGAACUAACAUACGACCAAUAAGUGUAACUAUAGACACCCCUGAAGAUAUUGCGUUCGACUUGGAAGAUGGUAUACACAUUUUGAUAUCAUGAGAGAAAUUUGCUUUAACCUUGUUUGUAAUAAAUCUUGUGUAAAAAAGCUUAACAAACCCUAGUUACAUUCGACAUUUAAACGUCUACGUCCCCGAAAGGGGUUCGACGGUUAUGGAAGAUAGAUAACAUUCGCAGAAGAGUGAAUAGAUAUCAAGAUGAGACUGAACUAACUUUUGAUAAGACUGACUUUAUCAAACGUAAGGAUCAACGUUGAAGAUAAAGGCGACUUUCCUUUAAAUUUUGACUUACAGCACAUUUUGCAGUUAACUUUUGUGCGAUAGUGAUGCUUUUUAUUGCAGAAAGGAGAUUGUUUUAGUGAGCUUUCCAUGUUUUUCUUACAGAUAGGAGAUUGUUUUGGUGCACUUUCCGUACUUUUAUUACAGAAAGGAGAUAGUUUUGGUGCGCUUUACCUAUUUUUAUGACAGAAAAGAGUAUGUUUGGUGCAAUGGUGAUGCUUUUUUAUUACAGAAAGGAGCUUGUUUUGGUGCGCUUUCCGUGUUUUAAUUACAGAACGGAGAUUGUUUUGGUGCACUUUCCAUGUUUUUAUUACAGAAAGGAGAUUGUUUUGGUGCGCUUUCCAUGUUUUUAUUGGGAAGGUCUCAAUCUAUUUCCAGCAGUAUAGUUCGAAAAUCAUGGAGCGCAACAACUAGUGCAAACGUCCACUUUUGAUACAUAAUAGUUCGUAAUGCUAUAAAAGAGCCUCAGCUAAGAUGGCAGACGAGAACAAUGAGCACUGUAGCUAUCUAACCAACUAAUUUCAGCAGAAAAACAUAAAUAGAAUGUACCUCUUAAAGUCAGUCCUCACAAAAUUAAUCACAGUAUAUUCCAUACACAUUCAUAAUCCGCACUUUCCAA